CCAGCGAGAGAGAAGCCGCAGAGAGGGAGGGAGGUAGGAGGAAGUGGUUGUGGCUCUUUGUGGUGCUUUUUCAGUAUUCACAUCUCAUACACAACAAGUCUCACAUCACUCUUACUUUCUCUUUUUCUCUGAACUCCAUCAUCCUGAAUUUUGAUCCGCAAAUUUGGCUCAUCAAAGCGUCUCUCUCAUCUCCCAAAUUCAUGCUUUCCUUUUCUUUCCCUUUUCUCUCCUCACUUUCUUCUUAUCAAUACCACGCAUGGUUUUCCGGCACACUUCCUCUCUGAUCGCCGAUCCUACUCCGGCCACCCCAUACAGUUGUAGUGCCUAAAUUUCAGCUCCUUAGUCAGCUACAUUGCCAAAAUUGUGGCCUUUCCCUGCUUUGUUCACCGGCUUGAUUCCUUGCUUUUCUUUGCUCUUUGACCCAGAAAUUUUCCAGCAAAUGUGUGGUAUAAUCUGCUUCUGAUUACUCAGCUUUACUCUUUUUUCUUGCGGCAUUUUUGUUUCUGUGAUUUCUCUGAAGGAGAGAUGACUUCGGGGACGAGGCUACCGACAUGGAAGGAGAGAGAGAACAACAAGAGGAGAGAGAGGAGGCGGAGAGCCAUAGCAGCAAAGAUCUUCUCUGGUCUCAGAAUGUACGGUAACUACAAGCUCCCUAAGCACUGCGACAACAAUGAAGUCCUCAAGGCUCUCUGCAAUGAAGCUGGCUGGACCGUCGAACCCGACGGCACUACUUAUCGCAAGGGAUGCAAGCCUCUCGAGCGAAUGGAUAUAGUCGGCGGGUCUGCAGCAGGUAGCCCCUGCUCUUCUUACCAUCCAAGUCCCUGUGCUUCCUACAACCCAAGCCCAGGAUCAUCUUCUUUCCCGAGCCCAUCCUCAUCCCCCUAUGCACCAAAUCCUAAUGCUGAUGGCAAUACCCUCAUUCCAUGGCUGAAAAACUUAUCUACUGCAUCAUCUUCAGCAUCUUCGCCCAAGCUUCCCCAUCAUUACCUUCACAGUGGCUCCAUUAGUGCUCCUGUCACACCUCCACUGAGCUCUCCCACUGCGAGAACACCCCGAAUCAGCACUGACUGGGAUGAUCAAUCUACACGGGCCGGACAACACUAUUUGUUCAUGCCCUCUUCCACUCCUCCGAGCCCUCGGCGCCAGAUAGUUGACCCAGAAUGGUUUGCAGGGAUUAAGCUUCCAACUUCCCCAACAUUUAGCCUGAUCUCCAAGAACCCAUUUGGCUUUAAGGAAGAUGCUAUGGCCGCAAGCAGAAGGUCUCACAUGUGGACUCCUGGGCAUAGUGGGACAUGUUCUCCAGCGAUAGCAGCAGGCUCUGAUCACACCGCAGAUAUUCCCAUGUCUGAAGCUGUUGCUGAUGAAUUUGCGUUUGGAAGCAACACAUCUGGGCUUGUGAAACCAUGGGAAGGAGAAAGGAUCCAUGAAGAGUUUGGGUCAGAUGAUCUUGAGCUUACACUCGGUACCUCAAGGACCAGGUAAAAUACUUUAUGGUCAGGGAAGUCAGUGGUUGAAUGUGAACUUGGAUUUCUAAUUUUAUUUGGAGGAAUGUUUGAAGACCAUAAUCAAGAUGGAUGCAAACAGCAGCUCUCUUUUAUUGUAUGCUUUUGUUUAACCCCUUUCCCUUUGUUAGUUACUCAGUUUGCAUACAGGUUUAGCGAGUUUUGGAGUGGAUUUGCUACCCACUGAUUUCAUCACUGUCUUGUUAAACCGUGAUGGUACUUGAAUUCUGGAAAUGUUGAUAUUCAUUGCACGGCUUGGGUUGGCUUGGCUUGGCUUGCCACAUAAGACACUGAAUGACUUAGGAAAGUGUAACCGUGGCUCAGUGGCCAAAGCCAUUCUGGAAAUUUUAUAGGAAGGUCCUCUUUAGUCGGACUGAAUUAUUUUGGAAAUUUGAUUGAGCAUAUUUGUAGGUAUUUUAAUGGUUGAUUGACUAUGACAACAGCAUAGCUUGAAAAGCCAUAGACCAUCCAUUGUGAUUUUGCAACAAGUUCUUCCAUUCCAGUGAUGCUUUUAGCUUCCGGCCAGAAUUGUAUCAGAAACUGUAAAAUUUGUCAGUGGGUUGGUGCUAAUUGGAGAUGAUUCUAAAUUA